CAUGUAGUAAGUGGUUGGCGGAAGUACCCAGCAUUCACUAAAUGGUUGGCGGAAGUUCCCAGCAUUCACUAAAUGGUUGGCGGAAGUACCCAGCAUGUAGUAUGUGGUUGGCGGAAAGCAUGUCUACCGCUCACUCAGUAUUGUGGGUUAGGGCGGAUCUGUCAGCCAGGCCUGCUUCUUUCCGCCCGCUCUGUCCAGGCUCCCCCCCCGCUGUGACUCACCCGUUACCGGACGGGCUGGGUCCUGGAGAAAGAUGACACGGGCUCCUGACCAUCUUUAGGCGCCGAGCAAAUGUCUCUGGAGCGCGGUGACUGCCAGAAAGCCCGUCCGCGUCCCCAGCCGCCGCCAGCACCGCAGGAGGUGCAGGAGGAGGUGUCCUACCCAGAGUGGAUUAGCCAGAGCUACGUGGAGCUCAUGAGUCUAAACGAGCACUCGAUGCAGGCGCUGUCCUGGAGGAAGCUCUACCUGAGCCGAGCAAAGCUCAAAGCUUCCAGCCGGACCUCAGCGCUCCUCUCCGGCUUCGCCAUGGUGAGUAGGAAAGGCUGUGCCCGGGCACCUCCUGACCCUCUCUAUGGCACCUUCACUGGCAUAGCCGCAUGUACACUGCGGCUCCCACGCUGCCCAUCCAGCCUGUAAUCUAAUAGCUGGAAUGCCGCAAUCCCUAGAUCACCGCUCUGUGUGUGUGUGUGAGAUUCUAACUGAGAGCUGGAUUCAUCCUAGAAAUUGGUGUAUUUUUAGUUUUUUGAUCCAUUUCAUCAGUGCAGUAGCUGUUAUUCUGUUAUGAUAACUGAAUUAUUCUUUCUGUGCUAUAUUAUGGUAACUGUAGAGGAUAUAAGAAUGACUAUAGAAAUCAGUGUGUGUACAAUAUAUAAAUAUAUAUAUAUAUAUUUCCCUUUUUAUAUCAUAAUUUCCAUGGGCAGUGGCAACAAUAGUAGUAUUGUAUCUGUUCGUUGGUGCUUUUGACGAGUCAGAUCAGAAAUCUUUGGAGUCUAUGCAUAUAUACAUAUUUGGGCAAAUACCGGUAGUUAAUGUUUUUCCAUUUCAUUACUAAAGCCAUAUUUAACCAUGUUCCAGAAUUAAUUACCGUACCAUGGUGUUAUUACCAUUAUGUGAUAACGUUUAUAAGGCACAGGCGUCAUUUGGUUUUCUUGGAUGUCAUGGUGUAUUUGUUGUCUUGUUUUUUUUGGGGGGGGGGGGGUUUGGUUUGUUUUUCUCCCAUGUAUCACCUGAACUUGAAAAUAUUUGCAUUAUGCCAUAACAUUUGUCUACACUGCCAAUACAGGCAGCCUUGCUGUUGAUAGACAUCUAAAAAAAUAAACUAAAAAUUGAUGUGCUUACUGAUGCUUUAAAUAUGUUUGCUUCCACAGAUGGCAUAUAUACAUGUAGCCAUUGCCACAGUUUCUUGCUAUAUUUACAACGGUUCAUUGAUACCUUAACUUUUUAUUUUAUUGAAACAUUUCAUGUAAAAUUUUGUAGACUUUGUUAAACAAAUCUUGUUGAAAGUGAACAAAUGUAUCCCCCCCUCCCCCUCAUUUUUCCUUUUCUAUAAACUCAGACUAUAUUGUUUAAGUGAUUAUAUUAAAUCGUUAUGAAAUUGCGUAGUUAAAUUGUGCAUAAAUUGACUUGGCAUUCUUUUGUUUUCGCAGGAAAUGUACGUUUUAUUGGUGAAGUUUGUUGCAUCCCCAACAAGCUCUUCCUUCAGUACCCCCAAAGGAAGAUUAUUGCUAGAAGGCUUGUUAAUAAAACUGCUUAUUACACUAAAAUAGACUACUUAGAAUUUAUGGAUUUCAGCUCCAUUAAUUCUACCAAGUAGUGCGUCAGAAUGAAUGUUUGAGAAAAGUCCCUGAUUUGGAAUGCAUUCUUAUGCAGGCAUGGAAAUUUCCGCUAGUCUACUCCCUUUAAUCAUCCAAGAAACUAUAGCUAUUAUAGAUUCAUUGGUAAGGGAGUGUUAACCAGCUACACUAACUGCUUAACCUUUUGUGAAUUGCAGGGAGGGGGUGUAAAUUCAAAUAUAUGUUUGAAGAGUUACCUUUUUCAUUUCCACAAAAUCGGGUGGAAUGCCAACUUUAAUUCUCCAGAUCACCAACUCUUUCUUCUGGCAGGGAAAAUGCAAUGACAUUUAUAACAACCUGCUUAUAAAGCUUUAAUGCCAAUGAUACUGUAGAACUCAGUGUGUAGAAACUAUGUCAUGUUUCAUGGCAAAUACUCAAUUACCCCAAAUUUUGCACAGGUGUUUUUCUUUUUCUUUCUAUUUAAUAAUUUCACUGACUUGAAAGGGUACAGCUAAUAUAAAAAAAAAUUACGUUUGAGCUAAAGUUAGGUAUUGCAGUGUGUGUAAAAAGUGGACAUUUCUCGACUUGAGUAUGUGUCAACGCAUUCAUGACAAGUGUUUUCUCCCAGCUAGAUAAAUGAGAACAUGGAGUUUCAGUGUGUUCGAGUAUGUGGUGCAGAAGUGCACAGUUGUCUUAAAAUGAAUACUGAAAGCUGACUUAUUCAACAUCCCCCAUUGCCACUAUGACUGUGCAUUCUUAAUGCUCUUAUUAACUUUCCUUGCAGGAAACAUAUUUUUAGAUUCUUGUAUUUAAUCUACAUUUUUGACAUUGUGUUCUUUCUUCAGCCGACUUUUUCCCUCCCUCUAGCGUGGCCUGGUGUCCUAGACCCAGUUCUUGCUGCUAAGCCUCUGCAUAGUUUGGGAUUAUAAAUCAAGUAUUAAUAGAUUAGGAUGUUUCCACAGUGCUGUUUAGCUACUGAAUUUAAUUGGAUGACCUGUUGAAAGCCAUUUUUUUUUAAAAUAUUACAGUGUACACAUUGAGCCUUUUAUUUUUAUUUUUAGAAGGGAAAUUGGUUUAAAGGUUUGUGUAGUAGGUGAACAGGCAAGAGCACACAUGUAAAAUUGUGCCAGCUGGGUUGAAAGUCUAAAAGGCAAACUGAAUAUUUUAGUUCCAGUUCUCCUUUAUUCUACUUACCUGGGAAUUCAAUUAUCUGUUACAACAUAAGGUGUUUUGUAAUUGCUGACAUUAGUAUAUUGUCUCUCUAUUUAAAGUUCCUGUGUAAUGUAAUGUCGUUACUGAUUCUAGUUUGGCAUCCACACGAGCUACCAGCAGCUGUUCCAACUCUUGCUAUUUAUUUUGACUCAAGGUUAGGCUGUGCUGCACAUUUUAAUGAGUCCUAUGCUAUCAGUAUUGCAUACCAAGAUGAGAAAAGUCUUGCAUUUCAAAAGGGCGUGUAAAGUAACACUGACAAAAAUAUUAAUGCUGCAAUGGCAUGUUGAAGUUACAUGAAUUUACUGAACAAUAUAAUAGCCUGAGGAGUAGGUUUUGGCCUAAAGUGCACAGUUUAACAAGUAUUGCGCAAUAAAAUCUGUUUGUUUUGUAGGGUUGUAAGUACCUGAACUCCAAGUGACAGUGUACUUGCCUUUUCAGAUCAAACUAUAGUUUUUAUCUAAAUUCAAAGGUUUUAGAAACCUGAUCGUCAUGGGUGGGGGAAAUCAACUUACGUGCACAUGAGUCUUGAAAGUAAAAUGCAAACUUUAUGGCUAGGUUAGAGGUUAACGGCCACAAACAAUGUUAUUCUUGACAGGACUGUGUACGUAUUUUGGAUUGGAGGUUACAUAUUUUAGGUAUAGCAUUGCUUCAUACAGUAAUAUCAAAAUAGAGAAGCAUAGGGACCAUUACAGAGAGAAAAUAGAUAAUUGCAAAGAGCUGAAGUGGGAGGAUGGCAGUGUCAAUAAAUAAUAUAUUAAAUUCUUAUGAAAUGAGGGAUGGUCCUCAAUUUUUCUGUUUUCUAACUGCUGCAUGUUUCAAAGCUGCACACCCUUCACCAAUGGAGACAACUUCCUCUUACUGUAUUCUUGAAAUACUUUGCCCUGUUCUGAUGUUUAGGAUCUAAGGAGACGAGAAGAAAAUUACUUGGACCUCAUUAAGAUUUUGUGGUGUGCUCUGUGCACCACAAUGAAGAAUGUGAGAGCUGCCUGCUGUUUGUUGGAAGUCUUGAGAUUAUUUUAUUAUAUUGCAUGUCAAAUGAACACUCCAAGCACCAUUAAUACCAUUGUGGUGAUUAUGGUGCAUUUGACAAAUUAACUGGGACCCUGCAACAAAUGGUCUCCCAAAGAAGACAGGUGUCUAUACUGAGUUAAAGGAAUACUAUAGGGUCAGGAACACAAACCUGUAUUCCUGACCCUAUUGUGUUAAAACCACCAUUUAGGUGGCUUUCUCCCUGGAGGUAUCUCUAGGGGGCAAUGUAAACACCGCCUUUUCUUUGAAAAGGCAGUGUUUGCAUGAAAAUGCCAACAGGAAAUGAUUAUAAUGACCAGAACAACUACAUUAAGCCGUAGUUGUUCUGGUGACUAUAGUGUCCCUUUAAACCUGGCUGAUCAAAGACCACACUCGUUGCUUAGCGCAUUGGCAGUACCAGUAAGUGGCCGUCCCUAGCCUUUGGAGCUAACCUUAUUCUCCAGCAGGGAAUAUCUGAGAAGACACUCUGUGAGACUCUAAAACACUUUGACAGAGUACUCGGUGUGUGUGCCAGGACACUUCUGGCACUAUAACGUUGCAGUAGUUUUAGUAUGGUCCUUAAAGUGUUCCUUUAAAGAGAAUUUGUCAUGACUCUACUCAUUCCUCACUCAUGUGCAGCCAUUUAUUCACAGAGAUGGGUGUAACACUUCUGUGAUACACACCUCUAGUCCGCCCUCAUACCUCCUGCAUUCUUUUGCCCUGUUUCCUUUGCAGGCCUCUUCUGUGAUGCUGGCUUGAUUAUCAGCAUACUUACAUUGAACGGAUUGACGCCAGUUUCUCAUUUCCUUUACAACCAAGCCAGUGCUUGCAGCAUUGGCUAGUGAGUUACAAUAGCUUUUUAUCUGAGCUGCAUUUCAUGAGGUUUUGUUGACCCAAUAUAAAGGUGUCAUCAUUGUUUAGAAUGGAUGAAAGUGUUGGUGUCUUGUCAGUCAGGAUGUCUGCCAGUAAUUUAGUAUAGAUAUAUUUGAAAGUAAUAUUCCUUUGUAGUAAUCCUUUUGAUGCUUUACAUGUUAUCGCUGUGCGUAGCACAGAUCUGAAGAGAAUAGGAAGAAAAAAAGAAAAAAUCAGCGCUAGAUUGCCACACAAGAAAAUAAUAAUAAGGCUGCACUCCUCAAAGGGGAGUCCCCUAUAAUCCCCUGGUGAUAAGAAGAAAUACAAAAACAGAACAGUAAAAUAAGGUUGUGCCUAAAAUAUAUAAUAAAAUAUAUAAAAUAUUAAUAUAAAAUAAGUAGUUGGCAGUAGUCCAAAACACUUAUCAUAAGUCCGUAAUGGUCGUUGCCUCGUAUGGAUACAGGGAUUCUUGAGAUGUAAAACGAAGUGAGUCUUCACGAUUAUAUGCUUGGGAUCCAGUAGAGCAUAUGUUAAAAAAAAAAAAAAAAGACAGAAACAGGACUCCAAUGGCACAGUAUAUAGAUGAAUAAUAUAAUAAAAUAAAACCUAGCUCUGAUAUUGCGCACAUGAAGUGGAAUAAUCCCCACUCAAGGAUAUGCGGAGUGAUAUUUGAUUGGCGAAUAUCUGGCUCAAAAUUCGGUGUCCGAAUUAGUGUUAUUCAACCCAGAAAAAAAGCAUAAAAUAUAGUGCUCUCUGUAUAGUAAUUAAAAGUUGUAAAAGAGUAUAAAAUAUACUACUCACAUUAUUUAGAGCAGGCUUGUACUGCUCGAUGUAAGCGCUUGGGUGGUAUAAUCCCCACCUAUGGAUUCUUUAGGCUUCUUGUAAAAUAUGCAGUAUGUGUAUAGUCAGGAGAAAAAAGAAAGCAAAUGGCAAUAAAGUAUUAUAUGCCAAAAUAAUUUCUUUAUUAUAAAGUAGUAAAAAUAGUAUCUAAACGCGUUUCGCCUCAAGGGCUUCUUCAAGUAGAUAAUGGUAAAAAAGGGAACACGCCUGGCAUGCAAAGGUUUAUAUAAGAUACAAUAAUGCUAUGGAAUUUUGAAAUUCCCACCAAAAUGACAUCAUAGGAACCAUAAUAUUAUAGUGCAAAUCAAAACAAUGGUUAAAACUUAGAUUUCUGUAGAUACAAAUAACAUGAGGUAGGUACAUUAAUUAGAAAUAUAAAACGAGGGUUAUAAAGGGUUUAAAAUACAUUAGAAAGGCGAUUACGUGACGUGCGGCUAAAAACACUUCCAUGCUCUUUGGAACGCAUGCGUUCCAUCUAUAUGGAACGCAUGCGUCAUCAGGAGGUGGGAGGGCUGUCUCAUCUGAUCGGUUAAGGGGGGCAGGAGUACAGGAGGCAGAGAUCAGGCUGUUUGUCCUCACGAGCAGGCAGACAGCAAUAGAAACAGCACAUCUAAGUUUUUUUUAUACUUGGGUAAAGUUGUUCAGGAAGGGCAUUACCCUCUUUAGUGUUGGCCCGCUGAGGCCUUCUAUUUCAUUUGUACACCUCAUGAUAGUUUCAGUCAAAGACUGGAAAGAUGUCACUGAGGGUACCUUCCUUUAUCUAGUUGGUUGGAUAGCAGAGUUUAAUAAUGUUUUCGUCACUGAAGUUCACUUUUAAUAAUGUCAGGAGCUCUUCAAUAUAUGAUAAAUCUGUAUAAUUACAUUAGUUACCAAAGUACAAUUUAGCAUAUAUAUGGUGGCACAUUAUUUGGUGGUUGGUUUUAUCUGGGAUACUUUAGUCAGUGCAUUUUUACCAACUCAGACUUUGGUAAUUUAAUAAUUGCUUCCGACUCCACAGCACUGCCUGCCAGAAUAUUUUAAAGCGGCUCUGCCACCUCAAACUUGUCUUUCUCCUAUUGUUUCAUCUUCUCUUCCUCUUCAAGAAUUUGUUUUUCAUUUCUGAUUUGGCUCUAAAACAUAGGACAAAGUAUUGUGAUAAAGGGUGAUGUUUAGAGCAAACAUCUUGGGGGGUUGUCGUGAGGGGGGGAGGGGGGAUCUGCCGGGUCUUCUAUAGCUGAGAUUAUCAAGCUUGAUUAUGUCUUGACAUACAAUUGGCUGCAAACGCUGCACCAAUCAGCAUUUCCUCAUAGAGAUGCAUUGAAUCAAUACAUCUCUAUGGGGAACGUUCAGUGCCUCCAUGCAGAGCGUGGAGACGCUGAAUGUUGGUGGUGCACACUGUGCAGCACUGACACAGGAAGCGCCUCUAGUGACGGUCACAAGAGUUGUCACUAGGAAGCUAUAUUCUUUGAAAAGGCAGUGUUUACAUUGAAAGGUCUGCAGGGACAGGCUAUAGACACCAAAACCACUACAUUAAGCUGUAGUGGUCCUCGUGACUACACUGCUCAAAAAAAUAAAGGGACACUUAAACAACACAAUGUAACUCCAAGUCAAUCACACUUCUGUGAAAUCAAACUGUCCACUUAGGAAGCAACACUGAGUGACAAUCAAUUUCACAUGCUGUUGUGCAAAUGGGAUAGACAACAUGUGGAAAUUAUAGGCAAUUAGUAAGACACCCCCAAUAAAGGAGUGGUUCUGCAGGUGGUGACCACAAACCACUUCUCAGUUCCUAUGCUUCCUGGCUGAUGUUUUGGUCACUUUUGAAUGCUGUUGGUGCUUUCACUCUAGUGGUAGCAUGAGACGGAGUCUACAACCCACACAAGUGGUUCGGGUAGUGCAUAUCAUCCAGGAUGGCACAUCAGUGCGAGCUGUAGCAAGAAGGUUUGCUGUGUCUGUCAGCGAAGUGUCCAGAGCAUGGAGGCACUACCAGGAGACAGGCCAGUACAUAAGGAGACGUGGAGGAGGCCGUAGGAGGGCAACAACCCAGCAGCAGGACCGCUACCUCCGCCUUUGUGCAAGGAGGAGCACUGCCAGAGCCCUGCAAAACGACCUCCAGCAGGCCACAAAUGUGCAUGUGUCUGCUCAAACGGUCAGAAACAGACUCCAGAGUGUGGUACGAGGGCCCGACGUUCACAGGUGGGGGUUGUGCUUACAGCCCAACACCGUGCAGGACGUUUGGCAUUUGCCAGAGAACACCAAGAUUGGCAAAUUCGCCACUGGAGCCCUGUGCUCUUCACAGAUGAAAGCAAGUUCACAGUGAGGACGUGACAGAGUCUGGAGACGCCGUGGAGAAUGUUCUGCUGCCUGCAACAUGCUCCCGCAUGAACGGUUUGGCAGUGGGUCAGUAAUGGUGUGAGGUGGCAUUUUUUGGGGGGGGCCAUACAGCACUCCAUGUGCUCGCCAGAGGUAGCCUGACUGCCAUUAGGUACCGAGAUGAGAUCCUCAGACCCCUUGUGAGACCAUAUGCUGGUGCGGCUGGCCCUGGGUUCCUCCUAUUGCAAGACAAUGCUAGACCUCAUGUGGCUGGAGUGUGUCAGCAGUUCCUGCAAGACGAAGGCAUUGAUGCUAUGGACUGGCCCGCCCGUUCCCCAGACCUGAAUCCAAUUGAGCACAUCUGGGACAUCAUGUCUCGCUCCAUCCACCAACGUCACGUUGCACCACAGACUGUCCAGGAGUUGUCAGAUGCUUUAGCCCAGGUCUGGGAGGAGAUCCCUCGGGAGACCAUCAUCCACCUCAUCAGGAGCAUGCACAGGCAUUGUAGGGAGGUCAUACAGGCACGUGGAGGCCACACACACUACUGAGCCUCAUUUUGAUUUGUUUUAAGGACAUUACAUCAAAGUUGGAUCAGACUGUAGUGUAUUUUUCCACUUUAAUUUUGUGUGACUCCAAAUCCAGACCACCAUGGGUUGAAAAAUUUGAUUUCCAUUUUUUUUAAAUUUUGUGUGAUUUUGUUGUCAGCACAUCCAACAAUGUAAAGAACAAAGUAUUUCAGAAGAAUAUUUAAUUCAUUCAGAUCUAGGAUGUGUUAUUUUUGUGUUCCCUUUAUUUUUUUUGAGCAGUGUAGAAUGUCCCUUUAAGAAUUGUAUUUUAAAGUCUGGCUGCUAGAUUCAAAGCAAAUUUGUCAAGCCCUGCUUUAGUGUGUGCCAUUUUUUCAUGCUAGUCAUUUGUAAAUUUACAUUGCAAAUGCUUCACUUUUCUGGAUUUUUUUUUCUUCUUCACUGUGGUGGCUUCAUCAUCCCUCAUUGCAGUGCAUCAUUGUUGGCAAUCAAUUAAUUCAGAUUUGUUUGCAAAACGUGUGUGUGUGUGUGUAUAUGUGUGUGUGUAUGUGUGUAUAUAUAUAUAUAUGUGUAUGUGUGUAUAUAUAUAUAUAUAUAUAUAUAUAUAUGUAUAUAUAUAUAUAUGUAUAUGUGUGUAUAUAUAUAUAUAUAUAUAUAUGUGUGUGUAUAUAUAUAUAUAUGUAUAUAUACAUACAAUUUUUUACAAUUUAUUUAAUGUUAGUGUUGCUUAUUCUAUUGAGGCAGCAAGAAAGAUUCCCAGGCAUUCAAAGUGUGAAAGCCGCAGGUAGAUUUAUUGAAACAAAAGACCGCAAGUUUCGACCUACUGAGAGGUCUUUGUCAAGCUAACGUGACAAAGACCUCUCAUUAGGUCGAAACGUUGCUGUCUUUUUGUUUCAAUAAAUCUGCCUGCGGCUUUCACACUUUGAAUGCCUGGGAAUCUUUCUUGCUGCCUUGACGUGUUGGGAUUGCUGGUCCUGUCCCGGAGCACCGGUGGUCGCUGGGAGUGAGUGCGGUUCCUAUGAUCAAUUCUGCCUAUUCUAUUAAGCCUAAUAAGGCUCCUUUAAAAUUAUAAAUAACAAUUUAUCUGUAAUCCAGCACCAAGACGAUCUCAAAGAAGGCAGAGAGAGGCGAGACAUCAGUUCUGAUGAUAUCCAUUAAAUAUAAUGCUUCUCAUAGAAAUACAACAGGCACACAAUGGCGUAUGUGCAGCAAUUGCCAUGCUCUGCCAGUCUACUCACAUAUUUCUUACAGAGAAAUAUUGUGUCUAUUGUUUCUGUACGUAGAGAUGCUUUUGUGCCAGUCUGAGAACAGGAAUUAUCUGGCCUUUUGUGAAGUCACAAAUUUAACUUUGGCAUGUUCACAUUCAUCAGUUUUCAGAUAAAUGUGAAUCUGUUCCAAUAUGCUACAUAUAGUGGGGCUUGUUUUAUUAGUCAGCACAAGGUAUUUUAGCAAGAUAUGGUACAAUUUAAAAUUUUGCUUUUUUUUUCACCAGUUUUCUUGACUGCUAAUUAAAUUGACUUUCUGUUUCUAAUAGGUCGCAAUGGUGGAAGUUCAACUAGAUGCAGACCAUGUCUACCCCACUGGCCUCCUGGUUGCUUUCAGUGCCUGUACAACAAUACUCGUUGCAGUACAUCUCUUUGCCCUUAUGGUCAGUACCUGCAUUCUUCCCAAUAUAGAAGCUGUUAGCAACGUCCACAAUCUCAACUCCGUCAGAGAGUCUCCACAUGAACGAAUGCACCGUCACAUCGAACUGGCCUGGGCCUUUUCCACUGUUAUUGGAACCCUUCUAUUUCUUGCAGAAGUUGUGCUGCUUUGUUGGGUGAAGUUUCUUCCAGUUAACAGUCCAAAGUCAAUGGUCAAUGAUACAACUGGAGUUAGUCCUGGGAAAGCUGCAGCAAUAGCCUCAACAGCCAUCAUGGUCCCAUUUGGGUUCAUUUUUAUAGUGUUUGCUGUCCAUUUCUACAGAUCACUAGUUAGCCACAAAACAGACCGGCAGUUGCAUGACCUGGCAGAGCUGGCUCAACUUCAGGAUCAGUUGGAUCACAGAGGGGACUCUGCACAAUCCCCUGGUCAUUACCCAUAGUUGUUGAAAACCUUGUCUGUAAGGAAGUUACAAGAGUACACCCUUUAUCUUUAACUUUUCUUUUUUUUUUUUUUUUAAAACACACAAAAGAUGUGUGGCUUAAAUUUGAGGUCUCCAUGAAGUUUUUUUUCUUUUUGUUUUUUAAAUAAUUCACUGUAAUCAAUGUUUAAUACAAUGAAGAAGGCGAUAUUUAGCUCUUAAAUAUUCAGAGUAUAAAAGAAAAUUUGUAUAUUUAUACACUUCCAAUUUGCCAAAGAUUAUUCUACUGUAGAGUACAAGCCACCAUGGUUUUAAGGCUGUGUGCACCACACUACCCUUGUAAAUAAACCACAUGGAAAUAUUUACCCAUAAUCUGUUCUUAGUAGAAAUUGCAGGUUGGGGACCAGUGCUAAACUAAAUUGUUUAACUAUGUUUGAAGUGUGAAAUGUUACUGCAGAUUUUAUUUUAUUGUUAAUCACAAAACUACUGUUCCUGUUAGAACUCCUCUGUGAAAAGGCAAACAUUAUAUGACUUUGCAUGUCGCAAUUCCCAGGAGGCUCUCUGUUGCAUGCAGAACAAGAUGCAUCUAUAAAGAGUGAUAUUUUUUUCCCCCUCCCCCCUCCCUUUUUUUCUUACUUGCAAUGCAUGCUGAUAUUACAUAAGUGUGAGUCACUGGAUUGCUUUGAAUGCUGAAUAUAGUGUGUGUCUCCACAUGCAAGAUCCACAAUUACUAGCAAUUUGCUUUUUUUUUACUACUUUUAUUUAUAUUGGCAGAACUGAAAUGUAUAUUCCUCUUAAGUUUAUUUUGAUGUUGGAAGUGCCUUUAACGCACCAUUGGUGUUGCAUUGUUUCUCCAUGAACUGUUACAUUUUCCCUCUUGCUGUAUAUUCAACAUGCAUAUGACCAUUUAUAGCUAAAGCCAGCGUAGCUAACAGAUAGCUCUCAAGUUUUUAAGCUGCACUUUUCAUAAUUCUUAGCAUAUAUCUACUGCUAGGUGAGGAUCAUUGAACUUGUAGUUAAACAGCAGGAAACUUACAUGUUGGUUGUUAAUGGUUUAAACACUUAAAUUGUCAAUUGUCGGGGCAUGCUAAAAGCAUGCUUAUUUAAAAAUUUACCCGUUGACCAUAAAAGUGGAAAGCAACAAUACUCUUCCUUUAGAAGAAAAAUACAUUGAGGCAAAUUUUUGUCUACAUUUUUGCUGAUGCAAGAGUCACGGUUUGCUAAAAUGCAAUAGCGUCUUUGUUUUUUUAUUUUUUUGCCACUGUGUGCGAAGUUCCUCAUUGCUACUGAGUAUUUUUGCUCUUGGUAUACAACAUUGUGGUGUAAAAUGUCUUUGGUAAAAGUUAAAUAAUUUGCUUCAGCAUUUUUUUUAUUUUCUUUUUUUCGUAGUAUUUAAAUGCUCUUUUACAGAAAUAAAUCUUAAUAUGAAAUUGAGAUGUGUUGCAAUACUAUAAAUGUAUAGGCAGUGCCUUUCUUAAACUUACAUUCAUUUUAUUUUUUUGUUUCUGUGGUAGCAGCACAUGUUAAAAUACUUCCAUGUCACAGUAAAACAUUAUACUCCCUGCUGCCUGUUGGCUAAUAAUGCUUGAGAUGCUGACAUUCAUGCUUGCAGCUGCCAUUCAGAAGCAGUAAGACAACUUAUGGCUGCUCAGUACAGCAUAAAAUAUGUACAUGCCAUUGUAUCCCCAUAUUGCACUUAUCCUUAGAUUCUACCAAUGAAGCAAUGAUUUAAAAAGGAAAAGCAGUUAACAGUGGUAACCAUUUUGAAAAUAAGUGGAUAACAAAAGGGAACACGUAAUACAUAUGUAGUCUCUAGCUACUGGUUAUAGAUAGGGCUGGACAGAAUCUGUCAAUAAAUAUAAAUCACAUAAACAACUUUCUCUCUGCAAGAUAUCUUGCGCUUGCAUUAAUCGUACAAAGCUUCUUUUUAUACAGAAACUUUUUCAUGUGAGGUUUAAUAGGAACCUUCUCAGUUCUAUGGGAAGACAGAAAGCAAUAGAAUUUAUUUAUUUUUUAAACUGGGUAACAAAAUUGUAUAUUUGAACAGAUGAGUCAGCUGUGGGACACAGGAGAGUAGUCAGCCAGGAAAUCUGAGCCCAGAAAGCCAGUGUUGAUGUAUGGCUGGAGGUGGGCACUGCUGCUAAUGAAUACUACUUGACCCCUUGCAACGAGUUUUAGAAUAUGCACAGCCCAAUAGUGGACUUGCCCUGUCAGCUCUUAUCUGUUUCCACAACUGGGUGAAGACGUCACGCGUGUUCAUGCUAUUUAUAGAAAAUAUUUUACUGGAGGGGCCCAUCCAUUGAUUAUAAGAAUACCAUAUAGAAGAAAAGUGCCAUUUUCCUUUUUUUUUUCUCUUUAGAAUACAAUAUUUUCACGCACACUACUGUAGGGGAAGUAUUUUAUUUGUUAAUCAGUUUAUAUUAGACCUUUCUUGUAUUCCUAGUUCUGUUACAGAUGGCAUGCUACAUUAACUUUGGUUUAAAAAAAAAAAAAAAAACUGACAUGUUAUAUUGUCUUCACUUUGAAAAUCUGUAACACACAAAGUAACAGAUGUGGACUUACCAUCUUAUUAUUGUCAGAAAACCACUGUAUUAAGACGGACAUAUAAAAUUAUUUAAAUACAAACUUGACUAUAGAGUUGUCUAUAGGGAAUCUAUGUCUAGAAUAGAAAAUAUUUUGUACAAUGCACAAAUGUAUUACCUUUUUUAAAAUUCUUUUUAAGUAUGGCAAACUUCUCUAUGUUUUGUUUUGGGGUAUUUACCUGUUCUCCAAGGUGUGAAUACAAUAUUUCCCUUAAGGAAACACUGUAGGGUCAGGAAUACAAAUGUGUAUUCCUGACACAAUAGUAUUAAAACACAUUUUAGGUUGCUGACCCCACUUGCCUCCCUUUUAAAAAGGUAUAAAACGUACCUUUAUUCCAUUGCCUUAUGGUUCUCAUUGCGGCUGGCUGCACCCCUGCUCCUCCUCGGCUGAAAUCAUUCAAUUUGACAAUCUCAGCCAAUGCUUUCCCAUUUAAGAAAGCAUUGGGAGGCUUUGGAGCAUGUGCGGCAACAUGUAGAGCUGUGCCAAUUAACAUAAUCUUCUCAUAGAGAUGCAUUGAAUCAAUGCAUCUCUAUAGGGAGCGUUCAGUGUUUCCAUGCAGAGCAUUGUGCAGCACUGACUCAGGAAGCACCUCGAGUGGCAGUCUGAGUGACUGCCACUAGAGGUUUUCCUCUAGUGGCAGUCUGACUGCCACUAGAGGUUUUCCUCUAGUAAAAAGUCAGGGUUUACAUAAAAAAAAAAAAACCUGCAGGGACAGGCUGUAGACACCAGAACUACUACAUUAAGCUGUAGUUGUUCUGUUGACUAUAGUGUCCGUUUAACAUGCAAAAAACCAUAUCUUUGUAAGAAUGAUCUAUUGUACCCCUGAUCAACUGACCUUUCAAGUUAAAGGGACACUAGAGUCACCAAAACAACUUUAGCUUAAUGUAGCAGUUAUGGUGUAUAAGUCAGGCCCCUGCACUCUUGCUGUCCAAUUCUCUGCCGUAUAGGAGUUAAAUCACUUUGUUUAUGCAGCCCUAGUCAGACUUUCACAGCCUUACUAAACACCUGUAAAGUGAGAUGCAAUGUUUACACUUAUUUUAUUGCACAAUCUGUUUAAUUUAGAAUUUGUUUAUCUCCUGAACUGUUAAGAACUUGCAGGAGCCUCCUGUGGGUUCGGUUUACAGAACAGGAGUUAAAACCUUAACAUAUGAUUAAAAAUGAAACACUUUUUUUUUUCCUCCCAUGUAUGCUGUGUUACAACCAAGGGAGGUGUGGCUAGGGCUGCAUAAGAAGAAACCAGCAUGUUUUAACUCCUAAAUAGCAGAAAAUUGAUUGAGCAGUGAGACUUCACAGGCAUGAUCUAUACUCCAAAACUGUUUCAUUAAGCUAAAGUUGUUUUGAUUACUAUAGUUUCCCUUUUAAGAAAAGGCCUUAAACUUUAAUCUGUAUGAUUUUUAUGCUGCGGUGAGCGACACAGUUCUUUAAACAAUCAGACUGCUCUUUGUACUAGGUUUAUGAUUAAGAAUAUAUUUCCCAGGGAUGUAUGUGGUUCAUAGGUCGCAAGCUGUGAUGGUGAAUUUGAAUAUUAAACUGCUUGUAUUUGUAUAAGUCUUUGGGCUGUGCUAUUUGAAUAAUGUCAGCCAUAUGUUAUUAAUGCUGGUCAACUCUGUUGCUGAUUUGCAUUAUUUAUUAUAGUUGAUUGAUCGUGCAUCAAAAGGAUCCUAAGUGCUAGAUUUGAUCAUUAAAAGGUAUAACAAAGGCUAGAUAGGGUACAUUGUAAAAGGGACUAGCAAGAAUUGGGUUUGUAGUAGACUAACACCAAAUAUAUGUAUUGGUAAUUUUUAUAUAUAAUAUUAUGGGGGCAUUGGAAUAUUUUCCAUCAUGUUAAAGGGAUACUCAAAGGAUAGAAAUGUAAUCACCUAUUAUGGUACAUUAUAUAGAUAAUGCAAUUAAAACAAAAAAAUACUCUAGCUAAAAUCUUUGCUGCUGUUAAGUCGCAUUACUCUAUCUGCAGACAGUUCCCUCCCGAACCAGGAAGAGAGUACAACAAAUAAGUUUCUCAUUCUGGCUUAAUGGCUUUCUUUCUGAUCACUUAAACCACUAUUUAUCAAAAAGUUUAUGUUGAUAAAGGUGUCUUCUCCGUUCCAAAACCAGCUUAAUGUUUAACACUGCCUUUUUUCCCCCUUCAGAAUAGGAAGUGUUCUGGUGCACAGAGACUGGCCUUAAAGACUCUCAAAUGCGAACACUUCCUAUUCUGAAAAACAGGCAGUGUUGACAUUGCCUCCUACGACCACCACUAGUUCAGACAGCCAUUAGAUGGGCUUCCUGGUCCGGUCAUGCAAUCUGUGCAGCUUCCCAUAUAGAUGCAUGGAGUUAAUGCAUCGCUACACAUAUGUGUACUAGCCCUCCAACACUUUCAUGUGGGAAGUAAUGAUGAUCUCAGCCAGGGAAGGAGUGACAGAGGCAGUUGAACUGGGGAAUAUAAGGUAAAUUAAAUGUAAUUAUUGGGAAGAGGGGGUUGGCUGCUUAAUAUAAAUAAAUUUAAAAGCUCAAACACAGUGACUGUUGCCACUUUAUCCUCAGCCCUGUUAACUAUUUUGUGAAUAGGGCUGUUAAAAGCAUUUGACCAAGCUGAUGUACUGUAUGCACAUGGGCACAGUUUUGGCUUUCUCUGGGAGCAUGACAGGAAGAGAUAUACAUGUCAGUGGAGGAAGUCAAAUGCACUGUGGUUUUAAACCACUUUGCAGGAAGAUAGGGAUUGGUUAGGGGAAUGGCUAUUAUGCAUCAUGACCUGAACAAUGAACAUUAGUUAUGAUGCUCAUUAACCUAAAGGGACACUGUAGUCACCAGAACAACUACAGCUUAAUAUAGUUGUUCUUGUGAGUAUAGCUAGUCCUUGCAGCCCUUUUGCUAAAAAAUAAAAUAUAUAUAAACUCAGAUGGCUACUAGAGGUGCUUCCUGGGGCAGUGCUGCCACUGUGCAGCACUGACUUUCAGCGUCUCCAUGCUCUGCAUGGUGAUGCUGAACUUUCCCUAUAUGCAUCUCUAUGAGGAGAUGCUGAUUGGUACAGCUCCACCUUCUUGACAAUCUCAGCCAAUCCAUUGCUUUUCCUAUUGGAAAGCAUUGAAUUGGCUGAGAUGAUCAAUUCUGAUGAUGCCAACCAAGGAGGCAGAUCUGAGGCAGAGCUGGAUCUGGCAGAGAGGUUUUUGUUUACCUUUUAAGGGAGGGCAAGCCAACUAGAUUGUCGUUUUAACACUAUAAGGUCAGAAAUAAGUGUUCCUUACACAAGCAGGCCCUCUAACUGAAGUGGCCUGGGUGCACUGGCCCUUUAGUUUUGCAGAGGCAGUAAUCUACAUGAUGCGAACAUUAUAGUGUUCAUAAUACAUGUGUGUAUUACUAAUGCUAUAGUGUUACUUUAAAAAGUAGUGAUGUUAUUGUGGUCAUCUUUAAGCUAAUUGGGGCUGAGCUAUAUCUUGUAUUUUAUAUAAUACAGGGUGCUCUUUUAAAGAAUUGAAAUGCAUUUUACAAAAAUAUUUGUUAAAAGGAUCACAUUUUGUGUACAUUUCAUAUUUUUCAUGGUGCCUUAAGUCCCUGGUCCCGUGUUUGCUUUAUUCACUCCCUGCCAGUUACCAGCUGGAGUUGGUUAAAAUACAAUUGAAUAACAUUUUUAAAGUAUUUGAUACUGUGAAGAAAGGUCAAGUGCUUUGAAGUCCUUAAAUUAUACUAUUGAACAUUUUUUUUUUUUUUGUAAUAUAGUGUGUUCAACACACCACUAAUCUUUAGUUAGCUAUAAAUAUGUGCACCAAAUGGUGCCUCCCACUUUGUACUUACUUGCAGCUUAAUUUUGCUUUCUGUUUGAGAUAAAAUGAGUUGUCUUCAGUUAAAUCUGGAUGCAGCCUUUUAAGACUUAGAGACACUCUAAGUGCCAAAACCACUAUAAUCCAUAGUAGUGAGUAUGGUGCUAGGUGACUAUGUCCUGGCUCCUUGCUUGCCAGACUGCUAAUGCAAAAUGUGCACUUGUACACUAGCAAUGUCAAUGCAAUUCAGAUUGGAUGGCAUUGAUUGGCUGAUAGUGUCAACUGACACAAUAAGCUGUUGUGGUGCUUAGACAACUUUGCAUAUAUAUCUAGGUGUUACUGAUAACUUUAAUAUGGGUGGUUAAAUCUUAUCCAUUGAUAGAAUUUUUUUUAUCUACUUAAUUCAAGAAAAUAAUAUGCUUUGAAGGGCAAAACAUUCUCAGUUUAUAUGCCGUGCUAUGCCUCCAUUUCCUAUAUAAUUGCAGUGGAUGAUGGUAAUUGAAGGAACAACUUUUUUCUAAAGUCACAUAUUGAUUUUACUGAAACUGACCAGGAAUGGGUUAUAAUAUGAACAGAUUACUUUGAAUUCCUUUCUGUUACUGCUUUGGCUAUGCAUUGUGGGAUCAUACAGAAUGCUAUUGUUUUAGGAUUUCCUUUUUAAUUCGUUUUUGUUUUAACCAUUUGAAUUAAAUAAUGGAGUGUUCAGCUCCCAUGCGUUACUGAAAACGCUUUCCCUUUUUCCCCAAGUGGGUUAACACAUAACAUUUGGACUGCAAUAUCAUAAACACCGAAACCAUGAAGAGGUAACUUGUCUCCUAACAACAUAAUAAAGAUUUAUAUUCUUUUUAUUAAAUUGUGUCGCUUUUAUAUACCUAUAUAAUUGUGUUUUGAGAUUGAUCAUAAAAUGG